UCUCUCUCUCUCUCUCUCUCUCUCUCUCUCUCUCUCUCUCUCUCUCUCCCGCGAGCAGCCCCUCCCCUCCCGUUUUUUUCUGCACAGCUGGUGGCUCCAAGAGCCACCACAGCCGCCACCAGCCACCGAUUGGGGUGGUACCGGUCCCAAAAGAACCGCCAGCUCCUCCUCCUUCCAUCCCGCUCCAUCCCCGACCUCGGCAGCCGCUGGUGUCGCCGGAAUCUGCCGGAAAACGAGCUGGUUUUCACAGAUUUUCAAACCGCUCGUUCUCCCUCAUUUCUUCUCCAAAUUUGACGAGUAAGGCACGAAUCUGAUUUCAUUCAUAACAUUGUUGAAGAGAUUUUGACACAAGUAUUAAAAGUACCUAUUUCACUGUAGCAAAGUACAAUAUAUGAAUGUGCUUUUAGGUCGCAUGCAUGGUAGACAACAAUUGCUAAAGCUGUUUAUAAUUUAAUUGCCUAUAAAUUUGAAGGGAGCUGUUUUUUUGGUAAAUGCGUUGGAGAAAAUUCAACAACACGUAUGUCUCUCUCUCUCUCUUAUGAGGAACAGGAAGAUGAACCUACUUCCUGAGAGAAUUGAAAAGAAAAGAAGAUUGUAGGGGCAAGAUUAACCAUGUUUGAAGAUUUUUUUAAAAAAAGAACAAAGAAAAAACUACUUCUUCAUGUACUGUUGAAUUGAAUGCCACUUGGUAUAUGUUGAGGCUGAGGAUGCUUUUGGGUUUAGGGGGAUGUCCUUGUAUAGUCUUUCUUGUUUUAAAACCUCUGCCAAUUACUUGUUUUUUUUUUUGUCCUUUUUUUGUCUUUUUUUGUCUUUUUCUUUUUGUGAAUUUGAAGCGGAAUUAAAGAUUGGGGAAAGACUAGAGUGAUAUUUUGGUUUGGAUGGCAAAAAAUUGGUGGAAAAUUUUGAGGGUUUGGCGCAUGAAUGUGGGGAAAACAGGAAGCAAAAGGCAGAAAUGCCUUGACAUGUGCAAGUGACUUGCCUCUUUGUGUACCAAAUUACCAUAAUUUGGUAUUUAUCUUUGAAUUGCUAUACGCAAUUUAGAAGGGUAGAAUUGAAAAAAUCAAAUAUAUAAGAACCAAAAACAAAAACUAGGCAAAUUAUAUGGACAAAGAUUGAAAUUUGACCUUAUUUAAAAGAAGAGAAACUAUGUAGAAGGAACUCCACUUAAAUCUUUAUAUACGUAAGGCUUUGAACAAAUUAUUAUAUGUAAUAUUGACUAUAUCAUAUACAAAAGGACAUUGAUUAGAGGACAGGUGGUGUCUUUCAUAAUAUUAAAGUUUUUAUUGAGUUUUUUUUAAAAAAAAGCUCCCCAUUAUAUAUGUGUAUUUGACUUGCAAAGUAAACAAUAACACCUCCAAAAAGUAUUUAAAAAGUAUGAAUAAUUGUAUAUGAUUAAAUUUUUUAUUUGGUCAGAAAACUGUAUAUGACAAGAGACGUUUUGAGUUCAUUGGAAAAAACAAGGUACCUAGCUAGAAAUCAAAUCAAAUAAAAUGAAAACGCGGUAACAGUCUCACUCAAUUGACCCCAUCGAUCAUAAGCAUCCCAUCUACCUCAUUGACUUUUUGUUCAUAUUACUCAAUAUCUUGAGACUUGAAUCUUGAUAUCAUGCUUUCACAGAAGAACUCCUUACUUCUUUGAUCGUUUGAAACUCUUCAUUCUUACAAAUUACAAUCUUGAUUGCUUCCUUUUGGACAAGAAAACAUGGUAGCAGUGGCAGAGGUCUUUCUUGGGGCACUCCUUCGGUUUCUGCUGGACAGGUUAUUGACUCCACUCAACUUCCUCGCGGACGGUGUUGGCAAAAAACUGAAGACAUGGAGUGAAAUGUUGUCUUCAAUUGAACUGGUGCUUCGUGAUGCAGAGAAGAAGCAACUAACGAGCAGUGCAGUGGAGCUGUGGCUGGAUGAUCUCAAAGACUUGGCUUAUGAUAUCGAAGACAUCCUCGACAAGUUUUAUACUGAGAUGUUACGGCGCAAGUUGGACGAACAACGUGGGGCUACAACAAGUAAGGUACGAAGCCUAAUUCCUAGAUUUGAAGUCCACUUUAAUAUGAACUUCGAAAUAAAGGAGAUUACCAAUCGGCUACAAGCCAUAUCUGAACGAAAAGAUAAACUUGGGUUAAGUUUAGAUGGUAUUGGAUCUUCCUCCACUAAACCUUGGCCAAGGCCACCAAGUUCAUGUGUUCUGAAUGGCGUGCCUGUUGUUGGAAGAGAUAGUGACAAAGCAAAGAUUGUUGAAUUGUUGUCAAGAAACUAUGAGCCUAAUGCUAUCAAUUUUCAAGUAGUUGCGAUUGUUGGCAUGCCUGGAAUUGGAAAAACAACACUGGCUCAAUUUGUAUUCAAUGAGGAUGAUGUGCUGAAACAGUUUGAUCUUAAGGCAUGGGUAUCCGUGUCCGAUGAAUUCGACGUUGUAAGUGUAACAAAGGCAAUUCUUGAAUCAGUCACGUCCGGACGCUGUGAUUUGGAGGAAUUCAGUAACAUUCAGAACAAUUUGAGCAAAGCAUUGGCAGGAAAAAAGUUUCUGAUUGUUUUAGAUGAUGUCUGGAAUACAUGUGACUAUAAUCUAUGGACAAUGCUGCAAUCCCCCUUUUGUGUUGGAGCAUCGGGAAGUAAGAUAAUCGUGACAACACGCGAUGCAGAAGUUCCAAGAAUGAUGAGAUCCACUGAAGUUCACAAUUUGAGCGGUAUAUCAAAUGGUGAUUGCUGGAAAGUAUUUAUGCAACAUGCAUUUUUUAAUAUUGAAGAAAGCUCCAGACCAACGAAGUAUGAAUUACUUCAGGAGAAAAUUGUUGCAAAAUGUUGUGGGUUGCCUUUGGCGGCAAGGACUCUUGGUGGUCUUUUAGGUUGUAAAGAAAUAAAUGAAUGGGAGGAAAUAUUGAACAACAAAUUGUGGUUUCUAUCUGAUAAGAGUGGAAUUCUCCCAGUAUUGAAAAUUAGCUACUAUUAUCUCCCUUCAACUUUGAAAAGGUGUUUUGCCUAUUGCUCAAUACUUCCAAAUGACUAUGAAUUUGGGGAGACACAGUUGAUCCUUCUAUGGAUGGCAGAAGAUUUGAUUCAGAAACCAGAAGAAAAUAAACAAUUGGAAGACGUAGGCCGUGAGUAUUUUCAAGAGCUUGUGUCUAGGUCCUUAUUUCAAAAAUCAAGCAAACAAGAUUCAAGAUAUGUGAUGCAUCACCUCAUUAGUGAUUUGGCACAAAAGGUUUCCGGAGAAACCUGUUUAAGAUUGGAGGAUAUCUUGGAUGGUAGAUGGUCUCCGAAGACUCGUCAUUUGUCUUACACUGCUGGUAAAUAUGAUGGAGUCAAAAGAUUUGAGGCGUUUGCUAAAGCAAAAGUUUUGCGGACUUUUCUACCACUUUCAAUUUCACAGGAUCCAUGUAAUUAUUUGACUUGUAGGGUUACUUUUGAGUUACUGCCAAAGUUGCAAUACAUACGAGUGCUCUCUUUGAAUGGUUAUCGAUUAAUCAAGCUGCCGAAUUCAAUUGGUGAGUUGAAGUUUCUCCGAUACCUAGAUCUUUCUCACACGGAAAUAACGAGUUUGCCUCGUUCAAUAAGCACACUUUGCAACUUACAAACGUUGAUAUUAGAGAAUUGUUAUAGUUUGAAGGCACUACCUGCAAACAUGAAGAACCUAAUUAAUCUGCGUCAUCUCAACAAUUCAAACACACCUUCAUUGCAAGGAAUGCCUGCACAACUAGGUCAACUGACGAAUUUGAAAACAUUGAGUAAUUUUGUGGUGAGCGAAGGUAGGGAGUCGAGUAUAAGAGAGGUAGAGCCCCUAUUGCAUCUCCAGGGGACAUUGCGCCUCUCAAGAUUGCAGAAUGUGAAUGACAUUGAGGAUGUGAAGAGGGCGGACUUAAUUAGCAAGGCCGGGCUUGAUGUAUUGCUACUAGAAUGGAAUGGCUUAGGAGAAAAGGAAUCCGACGUGCUCGACAUGUUACAACCUCAUAGGAAGCUCAAAGUGCUCAGCAUCAAGGGAUAUGGUGGUUUGGAAUUUUCAAAAUGGAUUGGACAUCCUUUACUCUCUAGCUUGACAACGGUGUGCUUAGAGGGUUGCAACCAUUGCUGUCUGUUGCCAUCACUUGGACAAUUGCCAUCUCUCAAAAAGCUUUCUAUAAAAAGAUUGUGUGCAGUGGAAGUAGUGGGUCUUGAGUUCUAUGGAACGCUAAGAAUGCCUUUUCCACUGUUAGAGAUCCUUGAGUUUGAGGAUAUGAAACAUUGGAGGGAGUGGUUUCCAUACGAACAAGAUCAAGAUCAAGGAAUUAGAGUUUUCCCUUGCCUGAAAAUGCUUUCCAUAUCCAAAUGCCCCAAAUUGGAGGGCAGGUUACCCGAGAACCUUGAUUCACUGUCAAAGCUUGUGAUUCGUGGAUGUGAGCAGUUGGUGAUUUCAAUUUCUGACUAUAAACAACUUCAGAAAUUAGAUAUUGAUGAUUGCAAAAGGGUGGUCCAUAUAAAAGUUCAGCUUGAGUUAUUGGAGGCCUUGCAGCUUUCAAGUAUUGCAGAGUUCAAACUCCAAAUAAAGGAUUUCAUGGGAGGAUUACCAAAGCUUAAUGAUCUGGUUAUUAGCGGUUGUGAUGAGCUCACAUCUUUAUGGCAGAAUGAAGAUAAAUUGCUCCAUAACCUGAUUUCUCUUCGUUGUUUGGUUAUUGGAGACAACCCUCACCCCCAUCUUGUUCAAAAUCUUGUCUCACUCCAAGAGCUUCACAUAUAUGACUGCCCAAGUCUGAUUUCUUUUCAAGAGUUUCUUUUGCCACCUUUUGUCAAGGAAAUAAAAAUUGAGCGGUGCAGUUCUCUUGUGUAUUUUGCAAGAUACCGGAUACCUCCAAAUCUAAGAAGAAUGGAUAUUAUGUUAUGCGAAAAUUUGAAAUCACUGCUGGAGGAAGAGGAGGUAAAGGGUUCUUCGUCAUCCUCUUCUCCUUACCUGGUGAAAGAAGAGGAAUCUUGUCUUGAGUACUUGAGUAUAGAGGAUUGUCCAUUGCUGACGUCCUUAUCAUUUGAAGACCAUCUUCCCGGGACGCUUAAACAUCUUCGCAUAAGCGAUUGUGAACAGCUAGAGACAAUAACCAAUAGGUUCAAGCAUAACACUUGCCUUGAAGAAAUUAAGAUCUCGCGUUGUAAAAAUCUCAAGUGUUUACCGGAAGGCCUAUGCUACCUCACCAAUCUUCAAGAGUUAGGUAUUUAUGACUGUGCAAGUCUUGUUUCCUUCCCCGAAGGAGGGUUGCCACAAAGCGCUGCCUACCUAAGAGAGAUCGACAUCAGCUACUGCAACAAAUUGGAGGCACUACCCAAAGGCAUACAUGACCUCAACUCUCUUCAGAUAUUGAGCAUUUCUUGUUGCGAAGGUUUCACGCAGUUUCUAGAAGAUGGUUUUCCCCCUAACUUAAUACAGCUUACAAUUUAUAAUCUCAAGAGCUGUAAGGCACUCUUGGACUUGGGGUUGCACAGGCUCACCUCUCUUAGAGAACUGGAAAUUCGUGGCAAAGACCCAGACGUGUUGUUCUUCCCUCCUGAGAAAGAGAUGGUGCUUCCUAAAUCUCUCAUUCGACUUACAAUUCAGGACUUCCCGAAUCUCGUUAAACUCAGCAACGGCUUUCAACUCCUCAACUGUCUUCAAUCUUUUCACAUCGAGGGGUGUCCUAAGCUAGCAUCAAUGGCAGAGGAGAGUCUUCCUCUAUCACUUACACAACUUACUAUCUAUCACUGUCCGCUGCUAGAAGAGAGAUGCAAACCAAGUAAAGGAAGAUAUUGGCCCUCCAUAGCGCACAUCCCUUACAUUCGGAUUCAAGACCACGUGCAUAGAGCAAAUCCAGAUCAUAGCCCGCGCCUCCCGUUCUCGUGCUCUCCUUCCAGCAGAUCAGAGGACCAGAGGACCAAGCUAGCUAUCACGAACACAUAAAUUUCUUUCCUUAAAGCCAUCUUAUCGGAGAUCAAUUACGGGAUGCUUGAACAAUGGACCCUUUUACUCAUCAGCCUUUGUCCAGAGAUUUUGUCACAUGCUUUUGAUCAGGCUUCCUCACCAAGUAACCCUUAGUUUGCAUUUGGGAGCUUGUUAGGCUAAAAUGGAAAGAGAUGAAUUGAGGAGGUGGGGAGUGUUGUGGUGGCUUUGUGGUAAUCUUCCUUAAAAUUUAUGGAUUAGUUGGUGGCAUGGCAUCUCUCAGUGCAUUUGUUCGAUAUAGUUGACUAUGUUCGAUUUCAUUAGGCAUGAUGAAAAUGUUAUCCUCUUUGGCCUGCAGGGGCAUUCAAAGUUAUAUGCAAGUCAAUUUGUUGUUCUGUUUUGUUUUGAAUUUGAAUUGUAGCAUGAACUGGGAUGCAGUUUUUGCUCUAGGAUUGAAGUGAUUUGGAUUCCACAAUUCCUGACUCUUGGUUUCUGAUUUAUGACAUCAUUUUCUCUGAUUGAAAAGACAAUGAUGGAAGAAAUAUUAGUUUGGGCAUCGGUGCAGGGCUUUGACUAGCAAUACUCUAAUGCUAACCAUUUUCCCACUCAUUCUCACUACUUGGGCUAAUCGCCCAGCCCCUUAUUGCUUCUAUUUAGAGCACCUCCAGCAACAAACCCAAGCCCGGACAGGACAGGGCCCGAGCCCAGACAGGAGGUUUCAGCAGGCCAAAAGAGUCCGGGCAAGGCGUGGGUCCCAUUGAACUGGGCCAGCCUGCGAGUGAAACGAGCCUGAGGUUGAGUUGAGCCCGAAGGCUGCUGAUGUGAAAAAAUGAAAAGAAGUAUUUGCUUAGCAAGACCCAUCAAAAAUUGAAAAGAAGAAGAAAAGAGGAGGAGUUGCUUCUAUUAAAUUAAUUGAUUUUGUUUUUCCUUUUCGAUCCUCUUAAGUCAAUCUUUAGUACGUAUGGGUUCUGUGACCACUCAAUUACGAGCCUCUUCCUCUUCUUCUUUCACCCAUUCAUUGGCAUAUGAUGUCUUUCUCGGUUAUAGAGGCGCCGAUGCACACAACAAUUUUACAUACAAUCUGCAUAGCAAGUUGCUUCAACAGGGAAUAAAAACCUACCUUUAUAGAAGAGGAGAAGAAGUUCCAUUGCCAAUGCUUCUCAAAGUUAUUGAAGAAUCAAGGGUUUCAAUCAUCAUAUUCACUGAAAAUUUUGCAUCCUCCGAGUGGUGCUUGAUUGAACUGGUUAAGAUCCUCCAAUGUAGAGAAUCAAAAAAACAAAUUGUUUGGCCAAUUUAUUACAAGGUGGAUCCUUUGGAUGUACGUGACCAGCAAGGUAGUUUUGGUGAGGCAAUUGCUAAUCAUUUUUGCACAUUCAAGGAUAACAUAGAGAAGGUGUUGAGAUGGAGGGCAGCUCUUACAGAAGCAACAAAGUUGUCUGGGUGGUAUUUCUUGCACGGGCACGAAUCUAAUUUCAUUCAUAAGAUUGUUGAAGAGGUUUCAACACAAGUAUUAAACGCACCUAUUUGACUGUAACAAAGAAUAGAGUCUUGUGUAUAGUAUGAGAUAUGAAUGAGCUUUUUGUCGUAUUUGGUGGGUUGAAUUGAACUGGAUUAUCCAAUUAAAAUGAACAUGGGUCUAAUCUGUUGUUUGAUUUCAUUCUCUAGUGGGUUUUCUUCCAUUUCCACAGUUGAGCCCAUCACAUUUUUGCGAAGGUAUUGAUCUCCUUACAUUUAGUUGCGCUUCA